AUGGUGGUGGGCUUGGCUGGCUUGGCGCACUUCCUUUGGACCACUCCGACGGGCUGGGCCGGACAGGGGUGGAGUAGUACUAGGCCCGGAAAGGCAAGGCGCCAUUACCUUGCCGUAACUUACCGUUGUUGUUCUUUCCUCUCGUUUUCGUAUUUCGUCAUCUUGCGAGGAGUAAAAGUAACACUUGUGGUGUCGACGGGCAAGGGCGCAGCCAGGCGCAGUUCUAGACGACUUUCGGUCGAUAAGGAGAUGUACGAUAUAGAUGGAGACAGCAGGAGACGAGAGUCUGUCUAUGAUCAAAGAGACAGAAGGCACACUGAAGACGGCGCGAUGGCGAAGACUAUCUAUCUGCCCGGGUCAGGGCGCCACCAGACGGUACGGAAAUGCUUUGCUUCCCUAAAGCACCAUGCACCAUGCGACCGCCGCGGAGAAAGUGAACGCAAGAUGGCGAAGGAAGAAGAAACCAAGAAAAGACACGACGAAAAGGGUAAUAAAAUAGCAUUUGCCUUGCCCAGCCAGCCAGGCAAGCCAGUAAACGUGGCGUCCUCGAGCCGCCCGUCGUCCCAUCUCGCUUGCACUUCCGCUUAUCACACAGACAAGACAGACAGAUGCUCGCUCGUCGUCACGACAAUAUCAUUUUAUGAAUUAUAUUAUUACGGAGUACUCAAUGCUUCAAGACUUACUGUACAUAACGAGGAUGAAGAAGUACUCCAUACCCGCCAGACGUCCUGCAUGACUGCUCUCUCCCAGCACGAUGGCAGACAGCAUGCAAGGGUUUUCCUCCGGCUGGGUCUUGCUCCCACCAGACAGGCAAGGAGCCCAACUACCUGA